GCUUCUUUCAUUCUCUAUAAAUAGUAAUAAGAUGGUGAAAUAAUAUUAAUCCACAAUCACUAAUUCACCAACCACAAACAACAACAACAUCAAUAAAAACAUUAGAUUUCUUGCCUAUUAAAAAAAAAUAUAUCAACAAAAACAUUAUGAGUACUGAAAAUGUACAAGAUAGAAAACAUUAUGUUCUUGUUCAUGGUGCUGGCCAUGGAGCUUGGUGUUGGUACAAGGUAAAGCCAAUGAUAGAAUCUUCUGGUCAUUUGGUCACUGUAAUCGAUCUUGCAGCUUCUGGAAUCAACUCAAAGAAAAUUGAAGAUGUUGAUACAAUUUCAGAGUAUUCUGAACCUUUGUUGGAGUUAAUGGCCACAAUUCCAACUAAUGAAAAGGUGAUUCUUGUGGGUCAUAGCUUUGGAGGACUUAGCAUUGCACUUGCUAUGGAACAAUUUCCAGAAAAUAUUUCUGUUGCUGUUUUCUUAACAGCUUUUGUUCCUGAUAUUCAACAUAAACCAUCUUAUGUUAUGGAAAAGUAUCUUGAGAGUAUCCCUGCGGCUGAUUGGUUGGAUACAGAAUUCUCCCAGAGUGGAAACAAAACAGCAAUAUCCUUUGGUCCCAAAUUUUUAUCUAAUAGGCUCUAUCCACGCUCUUCCCCUGAGGAUCUUGAAUUGGCCAAGAGUUUAGUAAGGCCAUCGUCCCUCUUUAUGGAAGACUUGACUCAGCAAAACAACUUAUUCUCCAAACAAGGUUAUGGGUCAGUUCCAACUACUUUUAUUCGUUGCAAUGGAGACACUUCAAUUCCAUUGAAUUUUCAACUCUGGAUGAUCCAAAAUGCUGGCAUUAAUCAUGUAUUUGAGAUCAACGACUCAGAUCAUAUGGCAAUGAUUUCUAAGCCACAACAAGUAUGUGAUUCUCUCUAUCAGAUAGCUGCUAAAUACGCAUGAAGUCAUGGACUAUAAUAGCCUUUGGCUUUAUUUAUUGGAUUUCAAUUUUAUUUGUAUUCGAAUAAAGGAAUGGAUAAGUGGCUUGCAUUGCAAUUUCUGUUUAUUUCUCCAUGCAUGUAUGUUAUAUACAACUUACUUCAUAAGUAUUAUGGAUAA